GGUGUAAUACGGUCGCGGUGCUGGUCUCGGUGCUAUAGAAUGUCUUCCUUGAUUACUACUGUUCGAACGAAGUUUCUCGAUGCAAUCAGGUCUGUCAAUCCGCCAGGCAGAUGGAAGAUACUAGUGGUGGACGAACACUCUCAGAGGCUCCUGGGCUCGGUGCUCAAGCAAUUCGACAUUUUGGAAGAGAAUGUCACACUGAUCGAAUCGAUUUCGAGCCACAGAGAAGUUCAACAGUUUGAAGCAAUUUACCUUGUGAUGCCUACGUCCCAAAACGUGGAUCGAAUCAUUAAAGACUUCUCAGACGGACGACAACAGUAUACCAGUGCCCACUUGUUUUUCAUUGAAGGACUACCCGAACCCUUGUUCGAGCGGCUUACUUCUUCUCCUGCUGAGCCAUAUCUGAAAGCUUUGCAGGAGCUUUUCGUCAAUUUUUGGGCAAUCGAAUCACGGGCGUUUUCUCUUAAUUCGCCAGGUUUUUUCUUCAGCACUUAUAGCCCUCCACGUAGCGAGUCUGCUUUCAAAACAUCUCGAGAACGACUUGAGGAAGAACUUCGAUUCGUUAGCAAAUCCAUAACGAACAUCUGCGUCUCUCUCAAUGAAUUUCCCUUUAUACGCUACUAUUUACCAACACAUCACCUGCCUCUGGGGCCUCUGCAACCUAAUGCUCAAACACGUGCUCCACCACCCCCUGAGGGUAGUGGUCGCUGGAGAACCAAUCUUGCUCGCGGUGAGGUGGCACGCGCAUAUGAGACGGCUGAUACAGAGUUUGUGACUAGGCUAUUGGCGUUCAUGGUCCAGCAGAAUUUGGACGAACACAAAAAGGCUAAUCCAGAUCCUUCUUUGACAUUACAGAAACCAUCUGACCCUCCUCGGCCUCGCGGGACGCUCAUAAUAACUGAUCGUGCCAUGGACGCAAUGGCCCCACUUGUUCAUGAAUUUACAUAUCAAGCGAUGAGUAAUGAUUUACUAGCGAUAAAUGACGGAACCAAAUACACGUACAAGUUCCAAUCAUCAGUGGGCGCAUAUGAAGACAAGACCGCCACUCUUUCUGAUGCUGAUACCGUUUGGACGACCGUUCGGCACAUGCAUAUGAGAGAGGCUAUAGAUAAACUCAUGGCAGACUUCAAUAAGUUCAUGCAAGACAAUGCAGGAUUCAAAGGAGAAGGCGCCGCUAACCUGAGCGACAUGAAGGAUAUGCUUGCAAAUUUGCCUCAAUACCAAGAGCAGAGAGAGAAGUUCUCUUUGCAUCUCAACAUGGCUCAAGAAUGUAUGGCUAUAUUUGAACGAGACAAAUUGCCUUUGGUGGCGACUAUCGAACAGAAUUGUGCAACAGGGUUGACUGCUGAAGGCAAAACGCCAAAGACACUAGUGGAGGAAAUGGUACCACUGCUUGACAGCCGCGAAGUGAUAAACGCGAACAAAGUUCGCAUGGUCGCAAUGUAUAUCCAAUAUCGCGAUGGCGUACCAGACGAAGAUCGUCGAAGGUUAUACCAGCAUGCACGAUUGACCUUGGCAGAGCAGGACGCUGUCAACUCAUUAGUACACUUAGGUGUCCGCAUUACUAGGGGACCUGCUGACAAAGAUAUAAAGAGAAAGCUCAAACAGAAGGCUGGCGGUGAAGAUGAAUACGAACUGUCGCGGUUCAAACCCUUGUUGAGGACUGUCCUACAGGAUCAUGUUGCCAACAAGCUGGACCCAACACUAUUCCCAUAUGUCAAAGAUUCACCAACAGCAGCUCCUGUUUCCAGUCUCCGUGCUGCAUCACCUCAAACCACUUCUCUGCGGAGUGCAAAGCCCAGCUGGCAUAAGGCUGCACGAUCAAAUGCCGCGAUUGAUAAUCAGCAGCGCAUCCUUGUUUUUGUUGCAGGUGGCAUGACUUAUUCUGAAAUCAGAGAGGCCUAUCAACUCUCAUCCUCCUUGGCCAAAGACAUAUACAUUGGUUCAUCGCACGUUACUACCCCACGCCAAUUCGUAGACGACCUGAAAGUACUUGAAUUGGGAGGUGUUGGAUCCAAGGCGAUUCCGAACGGUUUACCUACUACUGGGGCUCAUCGUUCUUAUCAAGAUUAUUAUGACGAAAAAUACUUCAUACGAGAACCGCCUCCCCCGCAGCGCCAAGUGCAGACUUCUUUGCCAGUAUCCAAAGAGGAGCGCGGCAGCAAGCUAUUUAAGGCCUCUCCAUCAUCCUCGUUUGCUGGGUCUUCACUAUCUGUCAACAGCUCAGGAACAGAAAAGGAGGAAAAGAAGAAAAAGAAGAGAGGGUUGUUCCACUUCUAACUUCACUCCUGGCUCUUCUUGGUCUGACGAAUCUUGCCUUCUUUUAUAUGUAUUAUUAUACUGUCUAAUGAUCGGAUGGGACUUUCAACAUAGAAAGCGUCAAUGUUGUUUCGUGCAUGAAAAAUAUGGUAGAAGAAUGUGGUAUGAUACAUAUGAAACUAUGCAGAGUACUCCAACUUGCCUGAUAAUCAUAGAAUUGAUUAGGCGAGUAUUUAUAACGAUGAAUUCGUGGAACU